AUAGACGCGAUGCCCGGCCGGCGCGGGCGCGGGGGCCGCGGCGUCUGAGCGCGCCGAGCCGUGCGCCCCGGGGACGCCGAGGCUCGGCCGGUGCCCGCGGCGGAGGGCGGCAGGCGGGGCCCAGGUGCGCCCAGCCGCGUCGGGCCCGUAACUGCUCGCGGGGCGGCGCCCUCCCGCCGCAGCCGCAGUGGCCGGCGCCGCAGCGAGGAGCCAUGGGCAACAUCUCUUCCAACAUCUCGGCCUUCCAGUCCCUGCACAUCGUCAUGCUGGGCUUGGACUCGGCCGGCAAGACCACGGUGCUCUACCGGCUCAAGUUCAACGAGUUCGUGAACACGGUGCCCACCAUCGGCUUCAACACGGAGAAGAUCAAGCUGAGCAACGGCACGGCCAAGGGCAUCAGCUGCCACUUCUGGGACGUGGGCGGCCAGGAGAAGCUGCGGCCGCUGUGGAAGUCCUACAGCCGCUGCACGGACGGCAUCAUCUACGUGGUGGACUCGGUGGACGUGGACCGGCUGGAGGAGGCCAAGACGGAGCUGCACAAGGUGACCAAGUUCGCCGAGAACCAGGGCACGCCGCUGCUCGUCAUCGCCAACAAGCAGGACCUGCCCAAGUCGCUGCCCGUGGCCGAGAUCGAGAAGCAGCUGGCGCUGCACGAGCUUAUCCCGGCCACCACCUACCACGUCCAGCCGGCGUGCGCCAUCAUCGGCGAGGGCCUCACCGAGGGCAUGGACAAGCUCUAUGAGAUGAUCCUGAAACGCAGGAAGUCCCUCAAGCAGAAGAAGAAGCGGUAAUGCGCGUGGCAGCGUUUCGAGCCGGUGGGGGGCGAGCGAGCGAGUCAGGAAUGAAUGAAUGAAAGGCUGGAUGGCCGAGCGAGAACCCGCGCCCGCGAACAAAGACAGCGAACCAAAGCGACGCUUCGAAUUUUUAAAGCGGAAUGCAGGACUAGGGACUCGACCUGGGUAUGUAGGCAGACUUGCCAACCUGAGCUCGACCUGCCGCCACCCCUAGCUCAGGGGACCUUUUGUCUGAACGCCAGAGCUGCUAAUGGGUUGGGGGCCCCACUGGGGAGUGGACUUGCAGGUCCCGCCGUAUGCCCUCCUGGCCCAGGUUGGAAGGCUCAGAUGUCAGAGGCAAAAGCGAUUUCUUCCUACUCCAGCAGGGCCAGAAGUUCAGGCUUCCCUGCCCUCACUGGGGAUCGCACCUGUGAAAUUCCUGAGAUGCCAAAUACUGUAACCUUCUCGUGCUGACGAUACUUUGGUUCAAGAUCACUGUUCAGAUCCUCUCACGCUUUACCAAUGAUGAGAAAUGACUCUGUUUUUUGCAUUAUCAGUACUUAAGGGUGCAGUCAACUGUUCGUAAUUGUGCAGUAGAGCUCUGUGCUGUAGCAACCAAUAUUUGAGUCUCAGUUGAUUUCUGUAGUGUUUGCCCCAAUAAUAGCCCAUUUCGUCUCUGACCAAAUGGAGGAAACAGAGGCUAAAUCACCUUGGAGGGGUCACCCGGGGAGUCCCCUCCAACGUAGCUGUCGGAUUUAUUAUGCCUCCUGCUCUUCGGAGAAUGAAUGGGCUCCACAUAGAGGAAGUUGGCCUCCCCACACGAGCUUUUGAAAUGUUUUCUCACAGACACAGGGAGGCCAGUUUUGUUUUCGAACGAUUCUCUUCACAAAAUCUCUGUCAUGGUGUUGGGACUAUGUCUCCUGGUUUGUUUCCGUUUCUACUGCUGUAAUUCUCUGUCCUGAUCAUCGUCCUCUUUGGGUUCCCAUUCCCUUUUAUAUGCGUAUAUGAUCCUGUGAACAGAAAUAAAUUAUUUAUACAAUCAAA